GCGACGCUCAGACUUGAGCUCCGACUGAAGAGAGAGAGAGAUAUUUUUAGCAAAUUAAUCAAUAUUCUUAUUCAUUUUGUUAAAUUAUUUAUACAUUUCGAUGACGCGACAGUGUAAUUUACGGCUCUGAAGUCACCCCUAGUCGGUCCAACUAAUGUUACAAACCCUCUCUAUAUUUAUUAAAGCCGUCUUAAGAGGGUGCAGCCGUGAGAAGGCGAGAUUUCGAUAUUUUAGUGACUUUUGACAUGCUACUUUUCACAUAAUCGAAGCUUAUUAAAUAAAGAAAUGUACAAUUAUGUAAACAUAAAGUCUUAUAGAAGUGUACUGCAAAGGAAAAUUUUGGUAUUUAAUAGUACAUCUUUGUUUAAUUUGUCAUUUCUUAAAAGCAAAAUUUCAAAAGCGCUCGUCAGAGCUCACUUUGAGAUAUGAAAUUACCAUUAAGCUAUGUAAAUACAUUUUUUUUAAUAUUUUCGUAGGACAGAAUAUAUAGUCUAUUGGUGAACCACAGCGGAAAAUAUUAAAAAUUAUAUAUUUUAAUAAUUACGCACCCAUUUUUAUAAAUGACUUAUUAUACGAUUUUGGAAACAGCUUUUUAUGAGAAAAGCCCGAUUUUAUUCGUUAAAACUAUUUUGUAUCGAUUAACUGAGGAUGAAUAAAUAAUAAAAGUAAAUUUACAUAAUUAUUAUACGACGAUAGUUAUUACAAACUAUUAUUGAAAAUGGCCUUACGCGCACGGGCGAAUGUGAUUUAGUACGCGCCGGGUCAUCCCAGAGGGUGGACGUAUCGCUCAUUUCCCGCGCGUCUAAAAGUUGAUUGACCUUACGUACGACCGAGGUUCAAAAGGAGUAUAGUGCGUCAUUGGAUUUGAUACUUUAGUAAGUAAAAUUUCUAGUUAAUGUUUCUUUCGAGUUGUCAUAUCGCAAUUUUGCUAAAAAAUAAUAUUAUUACAGGCAUGGGUAACAAACGCAAAAAAUAUAGUUGCAGUAGAAAUGCGAAGUCUGCAGCGAACGCCAGGCAAUCAAAAAGGGACCUGAAAGUGCGCAAAAAAUGGUGUACUAUCAUGAAGAGGGAUGACAAAGUUCCGCUUUCGUACCACACUGUAAGAUAUUGUUGCGAGGAUCAUUUUGAUUUGGAAGCUGAUAUGGAGAACUACGUCAAGUAUAAGCUUGUGGGAGGACAGCUUAGAUUGAAGAAGGGAGCAUUGCCUCAUAAGUUUGAUUGCCAAAAACCACAAAAAAAUAUAGCUGAGAGACCCGGGUUUAAGAAAAGAGCGAAACGUGAAAAAAAACUCAUAGAAGACCGGAUGACAGCAACAGAAUCCAAUGAGCCGAGAGAGAUGGAUUGCCAACCAACAGCAUUGCUUCAGGAUACUUCAAAAAACAAUGAGAAUAGCGUUGACAAUGAAGGUAGUUUACAAAGUCCUUCUGAUGAAAAAUUCAAUAAUGAAGAAAUAAAAUGCGAAAUUGAGACUUUCAAAAACGACGAGAAUAGCGUUGACAAUGAAGGUAGUUUACAAAGUCCUUCUGAUGAAAUAUUCAAUAAUGAAGAAAUAAAAUGCGAAAUUGAGACUUUCAAAAUCGACGAGAAUAGCGUUGACAAUGACGGUAGUUUACAAAGUCCUUCUGAUGAAAUAUUCAAUAAUGAAGAAAUGGAAUGCGAAAUUUCAAAAAACAACGAGAAUAGCGUUGACAAUGACGGUAGUUUACAAGAACCAUCUGAUGAAAUACUCAAUCAAAUAAAAAAAGAAUGCGUAACGGUGCCGCAGCAGGAGGAAACUACAAUAGACUUUGAAAGUGACAAAUCUUUAGACAUACCUAAGACACAAAAAAAUUCACGACUGCGAGAGAAAAAUAAAAUAAUAAUAAGACAGCAAAAAAAACUAGCCGUUCAAGAUAAAACGAUAGCAACCCAAAAAAGAUUAAUAGCAAAACAAGUAAAGGUAAUCAACAGUCUAAAGGCCAAUAUAGAGAAUUUAGAAUUAAAAAAUGAUAAGCUGACAAAGCGGAAUGAGUUUUUAAGAGGAUCAUUACAGAGACUAAGAGAAAAAGUACUUAAUGAGAACGAAUAAUUUUUUAUGAUAUUUUAUUAAUCACAAAGUGCGUGUGGAAAAAAAGAAGAGCUAUCCAAGAAGACUACCAUACCAACACUAAAGAAUGCCAUAACUCCACAUUCCACAUUUUGAUUUUUACAACUGUUAAUUUAAUAAUGUAAAAUUAAGAAAAUAAAUAUAUCAUAGUGGUGGCGUUCCAUUACCACCCGCAAAAU